AUGGUGUUUUAUGUUGCAAUUAGCAGACUUAUAGUUCCGACCGGCCGCCGAGUUUUCACCUGCAUCCAUCUCGCCACACCCGCCGGCAUCCCCCACAUACACUACCUUAUCCAUCAGAUGGCCGUUUUCGAGCGUCUCACCCACCUCUUCUUCGCCACCGAAGUCACUCUCUCCACCACCCUCUUCCCUGCCGCUAAUCCCAUCCCGUCAUUCGCCUCUUUCACCGUCUUCGUCCUAGAAGUCUCCCCCAAUCCCUUCCUGCUCGCCCCUGAAAACCCUCAUUUCACUCCUAUCAACAAAAUCGUUACUCUCGACCUCAAAACCGACGACCCGGGUGCCGAAACCUUCCAGUACCAAGCCCUAACCGGCACCACCGUUGCCGGGUACACCCUAUUUUCCCCUAACUACUCCUCGUUUCUGGCAAAACCCGGGUUCUACAUCAAGGAUAUAUUCAUCCGGGAGGCUUACCAGAGGAAGGGAUUCGGGUGGAUGUUGUUGUUAGCCGUGGCGGCGAAGAUGGGGUACGGGAGAGUUGAAUGGGUAAUAAUUAAAUGGAACAUUAAUGGUGGGAGAUAG